AUGCGCAACAAGGACGACCCCCGAUUCUCUAAAAUGGUCGAUGACAUAGGUAAUGGCGUUUCUGAUAUUGAUGAAGCCGGGUUGACAACUAUUACUGGCGUGCGGACCGAACAAGCUUUGGAUGUCGUCAUCGAUUUCGGUUUUCCUGAUGACGUCCUCCAAAACCCCUCUGCUUGUGCCAAGCGCGGCAUCAUUUCCACCCACAAUGAUUCCGUCGCUCGUGUGAAUGCGGCUGUAUUGGCGAGAAUGAAUGGUGAAACGUGCACCUUGCAAGGUAGAACGAUGCUCGAUCACGAGCACCUCGACCCAGACGUCGAUGAUUUCUUCCGUAUGUCUCAGUUUUUGAACCAGAUGGAGCCCAGCAGCGUCCCGUCUCACGACAUCAACCUCAAAGUAGGGGUCGUCGUAUUGCUUUGCAGGAAUUUGUCCAUAGAUGACUGCCUCACGAAUGGCACCAAAGUUGUUUUGUCGCGAUUCAACCCUUUACGUAAAAAGUUCAGACAUUAG